AUGACCGCUCAACCAACAAUACCUCCACGCCCAUCGCGCUCCCAGAAUAGCCGCUCGCCGGCGCCGGGAAGCCAUAUGGAAAUUCCCAAGAUUCCUCCUCGUCCGAACCGCGGCAUGGACCGCUCCGUCUCUCCAAGCGGGGACAGAUAUGCCCCCUCCCCGCUCAACGAUCCCACCUAUGUACCCGGUGGCCCACCAAAAGAUAGCCAUCGCCUCAGCACCGAGCUGCCCUCUCGCCCGCCCAGUGUCUCUAUGCCCUCGCUUGGAGAGGAAGGCACCGAAUACGCCAGUUUCGAGGACUUGUCCAAGACACUCAAUGAAGACAACCAGGGUGGCUCUCCACAGCAUACCAAGAAUGUCGCAGGCGACUUGCCCUUGCAUGCUCCGACUGCCUCAGUCCCGAGCUCCACCGCAAAAACACGGAUUCAGGCUGUGACGCGGACUGAUUCGCAAACAGCAGCAGCCGCUGGCUUUGGCUCGCAACUGUCAGUUGAUGACAAGGUUUCCCAAGCCAAGUCUGGCCGUUCUGGCUCGUCGGCUGGUUCACGCCCCAGCUCAAUCUACAACGAUCAGGACGAGCAUGGUAUUCCAGAGAUUGGCGUACAGGUGCCCAUGUUUCGCAAUGCCGGAGACGUGCAGGCUCCAAGUCCGGCGCCAUUUGCGCAACAGCCUGGAUCUCAAGGAACUGGUUUCCAUCAGAAAUCCAGUGGCCGUCAUCAUGGGCGUACAAAGAGCGGCCGCGAGAUCUUCCACGGACCUCCUGGCAGCUAUGGCAUGCACGGCCAUGGCAAGAUAUCGACGGACGAAUUCGAGCAAAAGUGGUACGAAAAGCACCCAGACGAUUUGAAGCGUGAGAAAGCGGGCGAGUAUGGCCCUCACAUUCAGGAAAACAGAAAAGAUUACCACUGGGGUGCGGACAACCUGGAAAAACUUGUGCACACAAGGUCGCAAGACGUCGGAGUGGGCACUAGCCGAGAUGUCGUUGGAACUCCCGAUGAGCAGAUUGGUUACAGGGCCACCGAGGAAUAUGCCUCAAGGAUGGCUUCUCCAAGACCACAAUCUUCUGGCGUGACUUCUUUGAACAAAGCUCGCCACGCUGACUCCCCGCUCCGUAACGAGGCCGGCCAAGAGGUAAAUGACAAGGGAGAAGUCAUUCAUAUUGACCCACCUACACACCGUUCUAGUAAGGUUCAUGGUGGAGGUUACGACCCCCCAACUGCAGACCUUGGACCGCGAGGCGGUAACACUAAUGCUGAGGGUGGAUGGGUUACCGAGCGCGGAUAUGGUACACCCAUCCUUGCUUCUGAUGAACUGAAAAAGCACCCAGAUGCUGAGUGGAGGCAACCUGCCGUAUCACCGGAGCUCGAGCGCCACGGCAAUGAAUACAUUUCCAAUGAGGACGGCACGUCACAGUACAUCACCAAGCAGCGCACCUCCAGUAGGAGCUCUAGCAGGAAUAGGGGCACGCAACAGCAACGUGUGAUUCCGAGCCCAUCUCAGUACGAACAUAGCAGCACUCCGCUUGAGUCGCAUAAAGAAUAUGAACCGCUCUUCCCAGAGGAUGAAGAGACCAAGAAGCCGAACUCAAAGGCUGAUGAGGUCAAGCGUCCUAGUUAUGCUCGCCACCACUUCCCAAGCCAAGAUGUUUGGGAGGACACGCCUGGUAGUCUGCAGCUCGAGACUACCGUUGAUACUCCCCAGGAGCCUGAAGAGCCUCAAACUGCCGUCAGCAAAGGAGAUGUCAGUCCCGCCAAAGCAUUUGAAAGCCCAGAAACAGAAGAGAAACGCAAGCGCCAGAUCACUGAGGAAGAUCAAAAGUCAUUCCUUUCUGACCAUACGAAGCAAUUCGCUGCCGAAAACAGGCUUCUUGGAAAAGUGCGGGACGAGACACCAGGCCGCCCCGGUAUGCAGCAGCGUUUCCCAAGCCAGGAUAUCUGGGAAGACGCGCCGUCACACGGAUACCUCGAGACCACGGUCAGCACCCCACAGAUGGAGGAAACGAACGAGUAUGCCGAAGAUUCCCCACAGGAUCAGAAACACUCCGUCCCCGCUCAGCCUAUCAUUCCUACCCGACCUGUCAGGAAGGAGUCGCCUGCGGGGGGAGCGAGAAUACCUAUCAUCCCCGAACGCCCGAGGGGUCAUGUCUCAGCACGCCCAACCAAGUCAUCUACUGGCCCUUCAGAAAAUGGUUCAAAUGCGGGGUCACAAGCCAGCGAGAACGAAGCUUCGCCGCAUAAGGUGAAAUCAGUGCUGACUGGUCGUCCAGCUGGGGGCAAAAUUGCUGCUCUCCAAGCCGGCUUCCUCAAGGACCUCAACAACAAAAUUGGUUUAGGUCCACAGGGUCUUCCUAAAGUCAAGGAACCUGAGCCGGAAGUGGAAGAAAAGGAGAUAGCACCGCUGCAAGAUGCUCGAAAGAGUCGGGCCAAGGGCCCACAGAGGAGGAAACCUGCUUCGUCUCCAGCCCCAGGCAGUGCGGCUGCUGCAGCUGCUGUGCCAGCCCAGAAACUGAGCGUCGGUCCUGUGACUGCAAUUUGGAGUUUUGUUGAAGACGGUAGCCUGGACGUCCCAGCUGCCAAGAUGGCUGUGCAGAUACAGAAAUCGCUCAAUGUUCCUGCAAAGACUGAAGAACCCAUCGCCACCAAGGCUGCAGCGGACGAGAGUGCUGCGCCAGAAUCAGAAAAGUCACAACUGGCCCAAACUUUGUCAAAGGAUGAGCCUCAGUCUGCUUCUGCAACCGAGGCAAAGACUGAGGCGAAGACUGAGGCGAAGACUGAAAACACUUCCUUGCCCGAGCAAGUGUCCUCUGUGGCAUCGGGUACUCUUGAGUCGUUCACGUCCAAGGUUGCAGCUGCCUUGAAGCUAGAGGAGCCUGUAGUGACGGAGAAAGCACCUGGAUCCGCUGACGCUCCCGGUGCCUUUCCUAGCUCAGGUCCAGACGCAGUAGACGGAGGCAACGUCAAGAGUGUUGAAUCUGAUAGCAAGAGAGUAGAUGAGUCGGUCGUCAGCAAGUCUACUGAGGAGAAGGCAUGA